UGGCGGCGGCGGGACGACGGCUGCUUCGGGUGUGGAGCCUGGGGACAUGCCUGGCUACUUGAAGGACUUGGAGAAGGAGCUCGGUGUGCUGGAGGAGAGCGGCAAUUGUCCCCUCGCUCUGGCGUAUAUUCGACGAGAGAUUGAGAAGGUGAACAACAAAACCCGUGAUCCCCCGCCAGUUGUGGACAUCACCAAAGACGUGCCGAUUGCCAUAAGUUGCAGGGUACCCCUUCCAGUUAAAGAGUACCCG